GAGCAGAGGAAAUGAUUUUUCCUAUGAAAUGAGUCUCGAUCUGGUGUCCGUGUUGAGCCUGAAGCAGGAGGGAAGUGGGCAGUCUUGGGUUCCCGUGGGCUAGGAAGGGAAGAGGGGAAAUUGUGGUGUGUAGUUUGGUGGUUCGGUGGCUCAGACGGUUUCGGGGUUCCUUCAUUGUGCCAGCCUUGUGUGAGCCACUGGGUUUGGACACAGAGGUGCAUCUUCAGCUGGCCAGAGAGGAGCGGCAGGGGUGCAGCUCUGUUGGGCCACAGUAGUGGGCAGCGAGCUCCUGCUGGUGAGGAAAUCUCGGUCCCCGGCAGCCGCCGCUGCCCCUUUGAUGUUUUGGUACGCCGUGCGCAUGCGCUCCACAUUAGAAUUACUGCACUGGGCAGACUAAGUUGGAUCUCCUCUCUUCAGUGAAUCCCUCAAUCCCACCAAAAACUAAAGGGAUGUGGAGAGUCCGGAAAAGGGGCUACUUUGGGAUUUGGUCAUUUCCCUUAAUAAUCGCCGCUGUCUGUGCUCAGAGUGUCAAUGACCCUAGUAAUAUGUCGCUGGUUAAAGAGACGGUGGACAGACUGUUGAAAGGCUAUGACAUUCGUCUGAGACCAGAUUUCGGAGGUCCCCCUGUGGCAGUAGGAAUGAACAUUGAUAUCGCCAGCAUCGAUAUGGUUUCUGAAGUCAAUAUGGACUACACCUUGACCAUGUAUUUCCAGCAAGCCUGGAGAGAUAAGAGACUGUCCUACAAUGUAAUCCCUUUAAACUUGACUUUGGACAAUCGAGUGGCAGACCAGCUCUGGGUGCCUGACACCUACUUCCUGAAUGAUAAGAAGUCAUUUGUACAUGGAGUGACUGUCAAAAACCGUAUGAUUCGACUGCAUCCAGAUGGUACUGUCCUGUAUGGCCUCAGAAUCACAACUACAGCUGCCUGCAUGAUGGACCUAAGGCGGUAUCCACUGGAUGAACAAAACUGCACGUUGGAGAUCGAAAGCUAUGGCUAUACAACUGAUGACAUUGAGUUUUACUGGCGUGGCGAUGACAAUGCAGUCACGGGAGUGACAAAGAUUGAGCUUCCUCAGUUCUCCAUUGUAGAUUAUAAACUCAUCACCAAGAAAGUUGUUUUCUCCACAGGUUCUUAUCCCAGAUUGUCCCUAAGCUUUAAGCUGAAAAGAAACAUUGGCUACUUCAUCCUGCAGACAUACAUGCCAUCCAUUCUGAUUACCAUCCUCUCCUGGGUCUCCUUUUGGAUCAACUAUGAUGCUUCUGCUGCACGGGUUGCAUUAGGAAUUACAACUGUCCUGACGAUGACCACAAUCAAUACCCAUCUCCGGGAGACUCUCCCUAAAAUUCCCUAUGUAAAAGCCAUUGACAUGUACCUAAUGGGGUGCUUUGUCUUUGUCUUUAUGGCCCUUCUGGAAUAUGCUUUGGUCAACUACAUCUUCUUUGGGAGAGGACCCCAGCGCCAAAAGAAAGCAGCUGAGAAAGCUGCUAAUGCCAACAACGAGAAGAUGCGCCUGGAUGUCAACAAGAUUUUUUAUAAAGAUAUUAAACAAAAUAGGACCCAGUAUCAAUCCUUGUGGGACCCUACUAGAUGGACUACCUACUAUCAUUUCUCUCUGUAUAUGAUGGACCCACAUGAGAACAUCUUACUCAGCACUCUUGAGAUAAAAAAUGAGAUGGCCACAUCAGAAGCAGUAAUGGGACUUGGAGACCCCAGGAGCACAAUGCUUGCCUAUGAUGCCUCCAGCAUCCAGUAUCGGAAAGCUGGGUUGCCUAGGCAUAGUUUUGGCCGCAACGCCCUGGAACGACAUGUGGCACAAAAGAAAAGUCGCCUGAGGAGACGUGCCUCCCAACUGAAAAUCACCAUCCCCGACUUGACUGAUGUGAACGCCAUUGAUCGGUGGUCCCGCAUUUUCUUCCCUGUGGUGUUUUCCUUCUUCAACAUCGUCUAUUGGCUUUACUAUGUGAACUAAACUCCAGCCUCCCAUGAGAAGCAAGGACUAGAUUCCUCUUCAAACAGUUGUACAGCUUGAUGCCUGAUGUAGGACUUGGAAAACACAUCAAUCCAGGACAAAAGCGAUGUUAAAAUACCUUAGUUGCUGGCCUAUCCUGUGGUCCAUUUCAUAACAUUUGGGUUGCUUCUACUAAGUAAUGACUACACUAAGGUCCUCGUGGUUUUCCAGUUACAAUGCAAGUGAUUUGUACACAUGCCGGCAAGAUCUUUGUCAGUUUUAGGACACAGCCUACUCAGAGGGUUAAUUACCUAGAUUCUAGAAGACACUGGAAAGCUCAAUGGCAUGGGCAGUCAAGUCUCUGAAACAGUCAUUUCCAAAUGCUCUCCAUCGUUGUUCCUAAGGUUGGCACGCAGUUGGGACAGCACUGUGCUUAUAAAACAUUAUCCGCAAUAAUGCAAACAUGCUACUUCAAUAUGGGCUUUGAGGUCUAAGCCAGAUGAUGAUGAUGGUGGUGAUGAUGAUGAUGGUGGUGGUGGUGGUGGUGAUGAUGAUGAUGAUGAUGAUGAUGACAUCAUAGAGUGGUGAUUCUCAAAGGUCUCAUACAUUUGUAUGCAUUUUGAGCACAAUCAAAAUAGGGAGGUGGUACAAAGCUUCAAAGAAGAGACUCGGGAAUCCAAUUGGUCUGGCCUACAGCAAAGCAGCUGGCAUAUUUUUCAAGCGGGUCUUAGGGAACAGAAGACUUCUGAGCAGACCGUGUGCAGCGGCCAAAGGUUACACUUUGCCAAAAAGCUGUUUCCUAGGUGGUCAAAAUAAAAGCUAGCAGCACAGAGCAGGGUCAAAAGUCCAGAAAAUACCAUGGUUAAGAGAGAGUAAAACAACCAAGUGUGACCCUUAUCAUUGCAACACAGCAUCUGGUCUGACACACAGCCCUGAGCAGCAAAGCAUAGAAUGAGACAGAUUGAUGUGCCCAUGUCGUGAGCUUAGCACAUUUAAGGAGGAUUUUUAAAAAUCAUUUAUCUCAUCAAAAAAGUAGCUAUCAAAUAGAAAAGUGGAGGGAAUUAGAAGUCUCUUGAUAGCUUAUAUUGAGAAUCAUUCUAACAGACAAAUACAGAGCAGAGAUGAGCAAGCAGGUCAUUUUUCCUCAGUGUCAGUUGCCCUUACAUUGUCCUCCUACAGGUUUAUUUCGGACUCGAAUACGGUAUUUUUACAAGGAGAAUUUGCUCUUUGCCCUAAAGGAUUAGUCGCCCUCUUCAGAUUUUCUUGCUUUCAGUAUAUCUCAUUUUACACUUAGGAGACAGCCCCGGAGAGACUUUGCUGAGACCUUGUGACCUGGGUUUUCUUUUGUAUUCUCCAAGGCUUGCGUUACGGAGUCUGGGAGUCUGUGGGGUUGGGUCAUUUAAAGGGUGCUCACAUUGUGUAUAUUGCAAUCUACUUAAUCAAGCAAACCACGAAAAACAGUGGACACUGGGAUUAGAACAAAACCGUGGUGAGUGAGUGUUGCACUCCCAGCUCAUGGUACAGAAGCGUAGAUAACCGCCAAGCAGGCUGGUAUGAGGAUUGUUUUUAUACUGCUUCUCAAAUUGUGUCAUUGUGCAUCUUUCUAUAUUGGGCCUACAGAUUCUUUACAGAAAAGAGAACAGGGUAAUAUAUUUUAUUUUUUGUCAACGGGGAUGGGGUGUUUAUUUGGCCUUUACCUAUAGAAAAUACUAAAUUACUAUGUUUUCUAUACAUUUGACUCUGAUUGACCUUAACCUCAGAGGAUGACUUUGCUACUUCUAUUUUUUAAAAACAAUCAAAAAAAUAUAUAUCUGACUUCAGAGUAGGGUCCCCAGUUAAGUGUAUAGGAGUCAAGGCUAGUAUCAUUUACAGAUGAAUCUUUCCAUCAUGGCUCAAAAACCUAGGAGAGUAAGCAUUACUGUGUGCUUCUAUUCUGAUAAAGAGAAAACAAGAAAAAGAAAUGAAAAUUCAUCAUUAAUUUUCUAAAUUUUAACAAAGAUAGGAUAGUAGGUUUUUGUGGGUUUUUUUGUCAUUGUUGUUGUUGUUUGUUUGUUUGUUUUUCCCAAUCAGUGUUGGGGGUGCCUGACUCCUGUGUUUUAACUAUGUACCUAAUACUUUUGAAUUUGAGUUACAGGACUACAGACAUGACUAAGGAUGUUCACAUGUGCUCAGAGUAAAGAUUUUUCGAGUUUCUCCAGGGCUUUCUCCUACAAAAUCAUUAUUUUAGGGGGGGUUCACAGUAAUAAAAGUGCCUAUCCCUUGUCAUCAGGGGUGAAGUCUGAGUAGAAACCCACAGGAAGAAGCAUAACCUUAUUCUCAGGGGCACACCUGUGACAUGCCAUUCUGAAAAGAUUUUUCUAAAGACAAUUCAGAGCCUAAGUCUAGGCUCCCAUUUGCAAUCUCCAUAAAAGCCAUAACAAAACCCUUGAUAUUGUAAUUUGUGAUUAUAACAAAACCUUAGCUGUCCAGGGAAGUCAACCACAUAAUUUAGAUCAAAGAUGGAGAGAAGCAGCCUCACAGGGUGGGUUUCACAGGCUCAUGAUCAGCAAACAGAUUUCUGGUCUAACUAAUGCAGAGAAAAGACGGGACCUUGUGACCAAUGCCCUAGAGUGAAAACAUAUAUUGACAUUCAAUAUACAUGUAGGUAGAGAACACUGACUCCUCCCGUCCAGGAAUAGCAGUCCAUGUAGAAUUUAUUUUUAAGCUACAUAUUUAGUUGAAUUAGAAUGUAGGAAAGGGUGCUAGGUCUGCUGAAUCUGGGAAAACCAAUUAGUUUAUUACCCAGUAAUUAAACUAAUGGACCACCAAGGUGUAUUUUGGCAAUCUUGAAAUGGUAUUACUAUCCGUUUAUACAUAUGUAUAGUUUUUUCUUUUGAUUAUACAAUAGUCAGAUAGCCAGCAAUUAAGGUGUUUUUUCAUCUUUGAGAAAUUAGUGGGCAAAUUCUGACUCUCAAAUGCACAGUCUAAACAAAAUCUCUGAUCUCAAUCUGUAUAUAUAUAUAUUGUACAUGACUGCUUGUAGGUAUGAAAUGCACCUCCGAAUUGAAAUUUCAUGCAGCAUACUCAUGUGUUUGCAUAGGAAUGUUACAAUUAUUUCUACUGCAAUUUAACAACAAAGGAUAGGACUCAAGCAGUGCCAUCUAGUCCUUCUCUCUCUUCACUUCAACAAGAGCAGUGCUAAGUAAAGUAAUAAAAACAACAGUAAUAAUACUGAUUUAAAAAAAAAACCAAAAGAUGCUACAUUCUAGGAUUAGGACCACACAGAAGUGUCAGCUUACAAAAGCACAAGACAUCACAAAAGUGCAGUGGAAUUUCUAACGGAGAAAUAAAUCACAGGUAUUUUAAGCAAGACCUGCUUUAAAUCGGCAACUAUGACCAAUUCCGUUUUCUGUAGGUCACUGUGUUUGAGUCUUAUAGCUAACUUCAUGGUCAACAACAAAACCCGAAAACAUCAACACGGACAGGUCUUAUAGCAUAUCUACAUGUGUAUAGUGUAUAUAGAGAUCCAUGUAAACAUACAUGCAUAUGUAUGCAUUCAUUCAUACGUCAGAAACAAAAGGAAUAAGCUAAUGAGUUAUUUCCUUCAUUGAGCCUGUAUAUGACUAAUUUUUUUUAAAAUUUGGCAACCAACGGUCACCAUUCUGAAAUAAGUAAUACAGGGUACUGAACAUCUCUCUCAGCAAAUCAAUGCCUACAGUUCUAAGAACAUUGCACAGUUUGACACUACAAUAGUACUGUACCUCAAAUUAUGAGAUGUUAACUAGUUUCUGCAUUGCUUGUCAAAUGUCCAUCUGCUCUCUUUUAAAGGACACAUAUAACACUGUCCAUUGGUGAUUUAAAAUUUAAAAAAUAAAAUUAAGAAAAUGGGGGAAAAGAUCCUCUGGAGAGGAGUGAAAAAAAAUAACCCUUCACCAUGAUGGUUAGGGGAAAUUUACAACUGUAGUAAUUAUGCCAUUUUGCUAAGUGUACAGAAUCUGUUAUGUAAGCAACCAUAACUUUCACUGAGCGUGUGUAAAUAUUUAAACAGAUUUCUUAAAUAUUUUUAACUUCUAAUUUGUAUUUUACAGUAAGGCAAUGUACUAAUUCUGUUUAUGGCUUACAUUGAUGUGCUACAUUAUGUACAUAAUUAAAUAUGCUGUAAAUUAUUAGUCAACAGAUACAAAUAAUUGCUUAGGGUUUUUGUCUUAAUUUUAUCUAUUUAUUUUUCACUCAGUGUGUUUACUGCAGUGCCCCAACAGAGUAAUUUAAACACCCUUUUGCAUAAAUGAUUUGGGAAUCCCAGCCAGAAGGGUUUCCACUGCUGUUUCUCACAUACAGGUAUGAGUACACACACACACACACACACACACACACACACACACACACACAUACACCAUCUUCUACUCCCUGCUUUUCACCCCCAUUUGAUCCCUCUCAGUGGGAAAUGUAGCCUUGUUUUGGCAUCACAUUAACAAAAAGGGAUGCUUUUAAAAAGUUAAAUGGAAAAAAAGGAGACUUGGUUAGGGUCGAUUUAACUUUUUUCUAUGCUAGAGUAAAAGAAGCCAAAGUUUGCAAAGUAUAGCUAGGCCCCCAAAACUAGAUGUUUAUAGCAGCACUGCAGACAACAAAAAUUAUUCAUACCAGCUCCAGAAUUUGUUAUAUGUGAUGCAUGCUAGAAGAUUUUUUUUAAUAUAUACUAGCAUUUGUCUUUAGAUAGUAUUAUUCCUUUCAACCAAAGACUCCAGAAUUAUUUUUCAAAAGCAAACGAAUAAAAAAGUGAAAGAAAGAAAGGAAAUGGAAAAAAAGGUCACUGCUUCACACCAAAGUUUAAAUAAUUUUUCCAAAUGCAGUAGGGAGAUGGUUUUUAAAAAAAAUAGAAAGGAGUCAAUAGAGAGUAAAUUCAGAAGUUUCCCUGAGCAAAUUAUUGUCUGUGUGUUUGUUUGCGUUUUUAAGUUGGAAAAAAAAAAAAAGCUGUACCCUUAAAUAGCUCUAGUUUGGGAAAUUCAUUGAGAACAUUUCUCUAGAUAUGUGCAAUAUUUAGACAUCAAUUUUUAACUUGAUUUAGGAAGUAUGUUUGUGAUAAACAUCCAAAACGAUGAAAAACAAAAUUUUAUUUUGAGUUCUAAAGCGAAAUGCCACUCCCUGUUAGAUCCCCUCCAUCUGACGCCAUACCCCUGUCACUCACCAUUUGAAUCAAGUCAGCAUUUCCAUCAGUUUGUCCCAUUUUAUGUUUUGGUUCAGUGAUUACGAGUCCACACACAUUCGUUUUAGACACAAUCCACGCAAAUGAAGCUACCUAUAAUUUAAAUUCCAUGCCACUUACAAUUUUUCUUUGCAUGGGUGUUUAAAUAGUUCUGUUAUGGAAUUGUUCCUGCGUAGUUCUGAACUGUCCUUUUAUAAGAAGUGAUGGUCCCGUGUCUUCACAACGUAGUGAUUAUCAGCCUUACAAUGACCUUGUAGCCUUUCUGAACACACACAUCCUGCUCACUCCCCAACAGCUAGAAAAAUGCAAAGCACUAGCGGGACUCACUGCAUCCGUUUUCACGUCUUUCUAACAUCAGGACUUCUAAAAUCUCUGGGAUACACGCGGUAGUCAAAUUCAAAAGAGGAUUAUCAAUGAAUAGCACAUAAGAAUUAUUUUCAUGAAUUUCAACUAAUUGCAGCCAGUUUCAGCAUGUAAAUAUAUACUAAUGUUGGCUAGUGUGUAAUUCUUGAGCUAAGAAAUAUAAAUAAAAAUUAAAAGUUC